CGCAUCAGCUGGCUCCCGGUGGCCGCCUCCCUGUCCCCGGCCUGAGCCAGGAUGGCAGCGGCGCCGGCAGCAGCUUCAGGAGCGCUCGGGAGGGCGACGCCGGCCGCGGAGGGGCCCGGAGGAGCGCCGCGCUGAGCCGUGUCUUGGAAAGCAGUGAGUCUCUCCCUUCCCAAGGAAAGGAUGGUUGUGCUACGGCAGUUUGGGCUUCUUCUCUGGAAGAACUACAUCUUGCAGAAGCGACAGAUUUUGGUCACGAUCAUCGAGAUCUGCCUGCCGCUGCUGUUUGCCGCAGUCCUCAUUGCCCUUCGCCACCGAGUACACUCUGUCAACCACCCCAAUGCCACCUCCUACCAGAAUGAGCAGCUCGACAGGAUGCCCAAUGGCUUCCAUACCAAAUUCUGGAGCGUCCACUGGCAGCUGGCGUACGUCCCCUUGAACAACACCGCUGUGAGGAGCAUUGCUGAGAAGGUGGCAGACUCCUUGGAUAUCAAUAUCAAAGUUCGAGGUUUCUCCACUGAAAAAGACUUUGAAGACUACAUCAGGUUUGAUAACCACUCUGGCAACGUUCUGGCUGGUCUUGUCUUUGAACACUGCUCUGCUCACAGCCAAGAACCCUUGCCACUUCAGGUUAGUUACCGGCUACGUUUCAAAUACAGCCCUAGAAAUGCCCCCCGGAGCGAGCAGACAGGCCUGAACCCCAACAUAGACCUAGAAUGGCACACCAGGUUCCUCUUCCCACUGUUCCAGUUACCAGGACCCAGAGAAGCCAAGUUGGAUGACGGAGGCACGCCAGGCUACUUCCGGGAAGGCUUCCUGACAGUCCAGCAUGCUGUGGACAAGGCGAUCAUCCAAUACCACACCAAUGCUUCCGCCGACCUCCUUGAUAAUGUCACUGUGGUGGUCCGCCGCUUCUCCUACCCGCCCUACGUCAACGACCUCUUCCUCCUGGCCAUCCAGAACCAGCUGCCCCUUCUCCUUAUGCUGAGCUUCACCUAUACUUCGCUCAACAUUGUCCGCGCCGUGGUGCACGAGAAGGAGAAGAAGCUGAAGGAAUAUAUGCGCAUGAUGGGGCUCAGUAACUGGUUGCACUGGACCGCCUGGUUCCUCAUGUUCUUCCUCUUUCUCUUGGUGUCCAUCUUCUUCGUCACGGUGCUCUUCUGUGUCAAGGUGAGUGAGCAAGCGGCAGUCCUCAAAAGCAGUGACCCCACUCUGGUGUUUACCUUCCUGGCGGCCUUCUCCAUCGCCUCGAUCUCCUUUAGCUUCAUGGUCAGCACUUUCUUCUCCAAAGCAAACGUGGCCGCGGCAGUCGGGGGCUUCCUCUAUUUCUUCUCCUACAUUCCAUACUUCUUCAUUUCCCCACGCUAUGACCGCCUGACGCACAGCCAGAAACUCUCCUCCUGCCUCAUCUCCAACGUUGGCAUGGCCAUGGGAGCACAGCUGAUCGGCAUGUUUGAAGGCAAAGGCACCGGCAUACAGUGGAAGGACCUAAUGAAGCCCGUCAGCGUGGAUGAUAACUUCACUCUGGCCCACGUUCUGGGCAUGCUGCUGCUAGACUCUGUGCUCUACGGGCUGGUGGCUUGGUACGUGGAGGCCGUCUUCCCGGGAGAGUAUGGCAUCCCACAGCCCUGGUAUUUCUUCCUCAUGCCUUCCUAUUGGUGUGGGAGUCCCCAGACUGUCUUGGGCAAAGAGAAAGAAGAAGAAGAGGACCCAGAGAAAGCCUUGAAAAGCCAGUUUAUAGAGGAGGAGCCCUCGGAUCUGGUGUCGGGAAUCAAAAUCAAGCAUCUCUCCAAGGUGUUCAAGGUGGGGAACAAGAGCAGGGACGCAGUGCGAGAUCUGACCCUGAACAUGUACGAAGGGCAGAUCACGGUUCUCUUGGGGCACAACGGUGCGGGGAAGACGACCACCUUGUCCAUGCUCACAGGUCUGUAUCCGCCCACAAGUGGCCAAGCCUACAUCAACGGCUAUGAGAUCUCCCAGGACAUGGUUCUGAUCCGGAAAAGCCUGGGCCUUUGCCCACAGCAUGAUGUCCUCUUCGACCACAUGACCGUGGAAGAGCACCUGUACUUCUAUUCGGGGCUGAAAGCGUUCCCGGUCGAGAAGUGCCCGGAGGAGAUCAGCCGUAUCCUGAGGAUACUCAACCUGGAAGAGAAACGCUUGUCUCUGUCAAAGAAGCUUUCUGGGGGCAUGAAACGCAAACUCUCUAUUGGCAUUGCACUCAUCGGAGACUCAAAGGUGGUGAUGCUGGACGAACCGACCUCCGGCAUGGACCCCGUCUCUCGCCGGGCGACCUGGGAACUCCUGCAGCAGCAGCGCAGCAGCCGCACCAUCCUGCUCACCACCCACUUCAUGGACGAGGCAGACCUGCUGGGCGACCGUAUCGCUAUCAUGGCCAAGGGGGAGCUCCAGUGCUGCGGCUCGUCGCUCUUUCUCAAGCACAAAUAUGGUGCUGGGUACCAUAUGGUGAUGGUGAAGGAGCCUUGCUGUAACCUUGGGGAAAUCUCCCGACUCAUCUAUCACUAUGUGCCCAAAGCCACCCUGGAAAGCAACGCUGGAGCAGAGCUCUCCUUCAUCCUACCCAAGGAGAGCACGCACAGGUUUGAGGCUCUGUUCACAGAGCUGGAGUUACGGCGGGAAGAGCUGGGUAUUGCUAGUUACGGAGCCUCGGUCACCACCAUGGAGGAAGUUUUCCUCAGGGUUGGCAAGCUGGUCGAUUCCAGCAUGGAUAUCCAAGCGAUCCAACUGCCGGCGUUGCAGUACCAGCACGAGCGGCGAUCCAACGACUGGGCCAUGGACGACUCCAGCAGCCUGAGCGGGAUGACAGACAUGACGGACGACAGUGGGGCGUUGAUCACUGAGGACUGCUCCAACAUUAAGCUGAACACCGGAUUUUACCUCUGUUGCCAGCAGUUCUACGCCAUGUUCGUGAAGAGGGCGGUCUACAGCUGGCGUAACUGGAAGAUGGUGGCCGCGCAGUUCCUUGUGCCUCUGAUUUUCACCGUCUUCGCUCUGAUCGUGGCCAAGACCUUCCCGGGGCCAGGGGACUCUCCUCUGCUGAAGCUGACCUUAAAUCCCUAUGGCACGACCACAGUGCCCUUUUCGGUCUCCCAGGGGUCCCAGGGGUCCAGUUUGGCCCAGAGACUGGCGGCGCAGUAUAAGGAUGCAGUUGAGGCUCAGCGCCAAGGGUCCCUGGAGGUGGUUGGUGAUCUUCAAGAGUACCUGAUUUCUUGCGCGGCAGAAGAGGGCGGCUCCUUUAACGAACACUACAUCGCUGCAGCUUCCUUCAAAGAAACUGAGGGCCAGGUACUGGUCAGAGCUCUCUUCAACAACCAGGCAUACCACGCCUCUGCAGCUGCGCUGAUGCUAGCAGACAAUGCCCUGCUGAAACUCCUGGUUGGCCCAAACGCCUCCAUCACCGUUUCGAAUUACCCUCAGCCCCGAAACGUGACCGAGACGGCAAAGGACCAGCUCAUGGAAGGCCAGACAGGCUUUGCCAUCGCCAUCAACCUGCUCUACGGGAUGGCCUCCUUGUCCAGCACCUUUGCCCUCCUCUUGGUCAGCGAGCGGGCGAUCAAGGCCAAGCACGUGCAGUUCGUCAGCGGAGUUUACGUCGUCAAUUUCUGGCUCUCGGCUCUCCUGUGGGACCUCAUCAACUUCCUCACCCCCUGCGUGCUCAUGCUGGUAGUAUUCCAGGCCUUCGACGUGAAAGCUUUCACUCAGGACAACCAUCUUGUCGAUGUGAUGCAGAUUUUCCUCCUCUACGGCUGGGCCAUCAUCCCCCUCAUGUACCUGCUCAGCUUCUUAUUUUCUGUGGCAGCCACAGCCUACACUCGUCUCACCAUUUUCAACAUCUUCUCAGGCACAGCCACUUUCCUGGCAGUCACGAUUAUGAGCGUCCCAGCGCUUGGGAUGAUGGAUCUCGCAAGACUGCUGGAUAAAAUCUUCCUCAUCCUGCCGAACUUCUGUUUGGGGCAAAGCAUCAGUGAAUUCUACCAGAACUACGAGUUCAUUCAGUUCUGCACGUCCUCUUUCGAGGCGGUGGUCAUCUGCAAAGUAUUCAAUAUUAGCUACCAAACCAAUUACUUUGCCUGGGAAAGCCCCGGAAUCGGCAAGUACUUGACCGCCAUGGCUGUGCAGGGCCUCUGCUUCCUCUUCCUCCUCUUCCUCAUCGAGACCAACCUUCUGUGGCGAGUGAAGACCCUCAUCUGUGACUUGCAGCGGAGACGGAAAUGGGUGAUGCUUCUGAACAGUGUCCCUGUGCUGCCAGAAGACCGCGAUGUUGCUGACGAGAGGAAGAAGGUCCUGGAGUCGCCCACAUCAUCGCUUUCAUCACUGAACAGUCCUCUGGUCAUCAAAGAGCUUACCAAGGUGUACAGUAGCCGGGACUCGUGCCUGGCUGUGGACAGAAUCUCCCUGGCGGUCAACAAGGGCGAGUGCUUCGGCCUGCUCGGCUUCAACGGGGCCGGCAAAACCACCACCUUCAAGAUGCUGACCGGGGAUGAGAGCAUUACGUCCGGAGAUGCCUACGUGGAUGGACACAGCAUUCUGGCCAAUAUAAAAAAGGUCCAGCAGCGGAUUGGCUACUGUCCGCAGUUUGACGCCCUUUUGGAUCACAUGACCGGGAGGGAGACUCUGAGCAUGUACGCCCGGCUACGGGGGAUCCCCGAGCGGUACAUCGGCAGCUGCGUGGAGAACAUGCUUCGUGGUCUGCUGCUGGAGCCGCACGCAGACAAGCUUGUCAGGGCAUACAGCGGCGGCAACAAGCGCAAGCUGAGUGCAGGGAUUGCCCUGAUCGGUGGGCCGCCGGUUAUCUUCUUAGACGAGCCCUCAACUGGCAUGGAUCCUGUGGCUAGGCGUUUGCUGUGGGAUGCCGUCACCCGGACGCGGGAGUGCGGCAAGUCCAUCAUCAUCACUUCCCACAGCAUGGAAGAAUGUGAGGCCUUGUGCACCAGGCUGGCCAUCAUGGUGAAUGGGCAGUUCAAAUGCUUGGGCAGCCCUCAGCACCUGAAGAGCAAGUUUGGCAGUGGCUACACCCUGUUGGCCAAAACCCGCAGCGAUGAGGAGGACAACCUGCAAGCCUUGAAGACGUUUGUGGAGAAAACUUUCCCAGGGAGUGUCCUGAAGCAUGAACACCAGGGCAUGGUCCAUUAUCACCUGACCAAUAAGAACCUCACCUGGGCACAGGUGUUCGGGGCGCUGGAGAACGCCAAAGAGAAAUACUGCGUGGAGGAUUACUCCGUCAGCCAGAUCUCCUUGGAGCAAGUCUUUAUGAGCUUCACCCGUUUCCAGCACUACACAGAGGAUCGAGGGAAAUGAGCACCUGUUCUGUGGACUGACCUGCUGCCUAUACAUAGUAUAUAUAUACAGACAGUAAUUUAUAUGCUCAACCAUGUCUUCAACAAUGCAUACAAGGAUGGACACUUCCAGCCAGAAUGGCAGGGGGAACAGCUCCUGCUCAUCAUGGAACUGGGCUCACGAGGGAGAGUGUACGUGGCAUGUGUGUGCGUUGGCAUGUAUGGAGGAGAAAGGGAAAUGAAGUCCCGGCCGUUCCAGGCAACCCGUCCGAUUUCCAAGUUCUCACCCCACCUUUUAAGCUGACAAGAGAGGAUGGCGAUCGUCUCCCAGGCAGGGAACGAUUCGGGAUGACUCGUUCUGUGAUGACUAGUGUGAUUUGGCUCUUAGCUUCCUGUAUGCUAGGGUACUGGGGUCGUCCCCCCCCCCCCCCGCCAUCCACCUUUCCGGAGCUCCCGCUGGACUGGCGUCUUGUGUCAUUGAGCCCUGCAUGCCUCUGUAUGGGGUGGUGGCAACCCACACGUACGUAUGGCUGGGACCCAUGUCUGUAUGUGUAAGAAACCUUCUCUGUGGCCUGUCCGUCCUGCUGAGCUACGUCUUUCCCUGUUGACUUCCGCGCGUGGUGAAAAAUAGAAGGAAAUGCCUCACUUCAGCACGGCCCAGGUUCUAGGGCUGGAUAGAACCCCAGAAAUCUUACUGAUUUCACCGUCAAUGUCCUUUUCUUUUAUCAAACAGUUUCGUGUUUUCCCUGUCUUAGUAGCAAUUUCAUGGGCACCAUUUCUGGGAAGGUCCCCCUCUACUCCAUCCAUAUCUGCCCAUUCCCACACCCUGCCCUGGUUCUCCUGUUCACUGAGGUUUCCAUUCACGUUGGGAGGCCUCAGAGUGCCUGUGUGUAUGUGGAGUUGCAGUCCCAAAGGUGCGUUUGAGACAUGAGGCACUGUGCUGACUCGUAUCGUGUGUGUGGACUCGUCACUUGUAUCGUGCUGAUGCUGGGCAACAUGUUGAUUCGUAUCACGGGUGUGCAGAAGAACAUUUUCAUGGAUCCCCUCUUCUUCCUGAAAAUAUGUCCCUGGCGUAGUGCAUGAGCCAGCUGGUGUGGUUAGUACUAGCUGGGGGCAGUGGGGUCGCAUGCUUGUUGUGGUUUUUGACAAGGUCCACACACCUAGAGAUGGAAAAGAGGUGAUAGCAUUGCAAGGCUCUCAGCUUUCAGUGCGUUCUCGUGUGUUUAUUGUCCUGACCAUUGGGCCUGCAUUUGCAGUGGUAUUUUAAAAGUUUUCUAAAAGUUAUAGAACACAAUAACUACAAGGAGAUUUUAUCAGUGUUGUCAAAGGAAUGGAAAUGAAGAUUGGCAGGAAUGUCUUCCAAAGAUUCCUCCAUGGAGAGAGGAUAAACAUUUGUUCGCUGUUACCCUGACCCUGACCCUGACCCUUUCCUCUGUGCAAAAAUGACUGCAGUUUUACCUUAAUCUUUUGUGGGCAGGGAUAAAGAAAUGAAGAUAGCACUCAAAAAUCUGCACGUGCAACAACGCUAUCACCUAUUUUCCAUUUUUGAGCUGGAAGGGACCUUAGAAGUCGUCUAGUCCAACCCCAUCACAAUGCAUGAAACUGCCAAAGCAUCCCUGACAUGUGACCAUCCAACCUCCCUUGGAAAACCUCUAAAAAAAAUGAAAGCCCACAAUUGCAUGAGGCAGGCUGUUCCACUGACAAACAGCUCUUGGGGUGGGGAAUUGUUGCUUGACUUCCACACCUACCAAAAUAUCUGUUUAGAUCCUGCCAGGAAAGCCCAGAUUUCAGUGAGGAUAUGUCCUCUCCGGACUUCUGGGUGCUCACGUACGUCCAUCAAACCACCCCGUGGUUGUAGGAGCCAUUCUGUUGAGGUGCUGUUUUCUUAUCAACAGAGUAGGAGCUCUUCCCUCAAGGCCAGCUCCUGUGUCAGAGAGAGGGAGGUUCUUCUCCCCUCUCUCAGGGUGAAUUAACAUUGUUCUUUAUUUUUGACAGGGAAAUCUCGCCACAAGGUGAGAACCUUCUAUUGCUAACCUGUGGCUUCUUGGCCAGAUAUUUGAGCCCCUGCAGGGUGGUGUAAUCCGUGGGGGGUGGGAAAUGAUUUAUUUCCAUGGUGGCUCCCAUUUUAUCACAUAGGAGACACCAUGUGCAAGGUGCGUUUUGGAAGAAUAAAUAGGUGUGGAAGAAUUGGGGAUUUUUCAGCUUAAGGUGGCAUUCCUCUGCAAAAUGUGUAAAAAUCCACUCCUUAAUAUAGAGGUUGACAACUUGAAGUUCUCCAGCCGUUGGGCUACAACUCCCAUCAUUCCCAGCCACAUGGUAGCGAGUGAUGAUAGAAGAUGAAGUCCAACAAAAGCUGGGGGUUCUCAGGUUGGCCUCUCCUGCCUUAGUAUUUUAUUUCAGGGGUUAAAAACGGAUUGAGGACUAGGAACCUAGGGAGCAGCCUUUUACUGAGUCAAACCCUUGGUCCAUCGAGCUCAGCGUUGUCUGCACUGACUGGCAGCAGCUCUCCAAGGUUUCAGGCAGGAGUCUUUCACAGCCAUAUCUUGGAAACGCCAAGGAUGAAACCUGGAAACUUCUGCAUGCAAGCAUAUAGAACAGGGCUGCUCAACUUUGGUCCUCCUGCAGAUGUUGGCCUACAACUCCCAUAAUCCUUGGCUAUUGACCACUGUGGCUGGGGAUUAUGGGAGUUGUCAUCCAAAAACAGCUGCGGGGUCCUAAGUUAAGCAGGCCUGAUAUAGAUGCUCUUUCACUGAGUUACGGCCCCAUCUCCGAAGGGGAAUAUCUUAGAGACUCACAUCUAGUUACCCAUCCAAGUGCAAACCAAACUUGUUAGUUGCUUAGCAAAUGGGGCAACUGAGGCUUAGCAAACGUUGCUUAGCAAACAGGGCAACUGUGACUUUGCAAACGUUGCUUAGCAAACAAGGCAACUGAGGAUUGCUACCACAAGACCAGCUCUCCUCUCUAAAUGGAGGGGAGCACCCUAUUAAGGCUUUGUUUUGUAUCUCAAGAGGGAAAUCUGGUGACUAGCUUUGGUAGGGCCAGGUGUGCUGCGGGCCCAGUGACCACCCAUCCAGCCUUAGGGGCCCAUGGCCCCACCCGCGCACACCUGUCCAAAAACUUGAAUUGCACCUGCUGUCCAAGCAUCUGCUCUGCACUGAGCCCUGUGUAUGCUGCUCGCUAGAUUGCCAAAAAGACCCCUGCGCAGUGGGGGGAACUAGCAAAAAAUAAAAAGUCUCCCAUUCCGUCCCAACUGAAUGGAUUUCCGGUGCAAAGGGCCAUGCCCGUCAUAGGCUCAUCGCUUGAGGUUCCCUUGAGAUGGCAGGACUCUCCUUGCUAGGGACAAAGCAGGGUGUUCUUGGCGGCUUAGAUAGGGAGCAGUGCGCAUGUCCACCCUGGCACAGAGGGGGCAGGCAGAAGCUUCCCAUCUGGAAAGCGGAGCGGGGGGAACCCAAUGGCUGCUUGCUCAGAGGCCACUUUUCGAGAGACCAGCGGCAUAGUGUUGUAUGAAUGCCCAGGGAGACAAUCCUGGUACUUCUUCCCCCACCCCACCCCAGGAUCUCAGCAGGGACCCAAAGCAGUGUAGACAGAGGGGCGCCAUUUUGUCUGGCUUCCGCCCCCGUGAUCCUUUCUCUCCAUCUUCUGCUUGGCUGAGCAAGCUAUAAUUUCCUGCCCACCCACCCCCGUUAUGCUCAGCCCUUUGCUUUCUAACUAGAAAAAGAAUCGCUCCUCUUGAGGCGUUUGCUCCAUAAGGGAAUUUCGGACUGCAGUGGAUUUUAUUCUCUGGUCCUUCCUGUCUUUUGUGACGGAGAUGUCAUCUCCGCUUUUUGUGGUUGACAAUCCCUGGACUGCUCUUCUGGGUUGAAGAAUCACACGAGCUUCAAGCUCUGUAGGAUUAGGAAACCAUCCUUGCAACAGGCGCUCCUAAAUUACUACAUCGGUCUAAGUGGGGUGUAUGUGUAGAGUUGCCAUUCACCCUGGAAUUCUGGAUUUAAGCAUCCCACCCAGAUUGCUUAGCCCUCGCAGAUUCACCCGGAUUUCAGCUUUCUUUCUUUUUUAAAGCUAAGCUCUAGCCCUUAUAGAAGUGGAGUUCUGGAGCAAAAUGCGCAGUCACUAUUCUGCCCGGAAAUUAUUUUCAAGCCUAUUUGCAUAAUAUGCAAAUCAGGCACCCGGAUUUGGAAACCCAGAAUAAGGCAAGCCUAGGUGUGUGGCUAUGGGGUGUGGCUGUCGGGGUGGGCGUGGCUGUGGUGGGCCACACCUACCACGGAGGAUGCUUGCAUGUCUUAAUUUGCAUUCCAGCACUGCUAGGGGCUGACUGAAAGGGGUCAGCCCCAAUUACGGAGGUUAUUUCCAUGUGCUUCAGCAAUCACGCCACAUCUCAGGUUAAUUCCUGGCCACCCACCCUCAAACCAGCUAGCCCGUGGAGGGAUGCUCCAGCAGGCUACAUGUUGGGUGCUAUAAUACCUUGCAUCUGCAGUUGCAGUGAAAACUCUUAGCUUUUUGCAGGGUUUUUGUUGGUUAGUUUCCCACCCAAGUUUCUAGUCCAUAUGACUGCAGAACGAAACUCUAAAACGGGGAACUCUCAGAAGGCGCAUGGUGGGCGGAGUGUUACCCAGGAGGUGGAGUUUCCAGGACUCUGUGUCAUUCAUCCCUCCGUAUGGCUAGCUAAGAUGGAAUGAAUUAUGCAAAUGUGGUUAAUGCAUUUACUGUAUUUACCUGAAUAGAAGAGGUCUCGGAGUUUAAGAUGACCCCCCUUAAAAACGCAGGUUAAAAAAAGGUCAUUCCUGUGUUUACCUGAAAGGAGGAGGACUCUGAAUUUAAGAUGACCUCCUGAUUUCUAACAUCAAAGAACUUGGAAAAAGCCUAGUCUUGGAUUCAGGUAAAUACAGUAGGUUGCAAAGAAGAAUGGCUUUUCUCUGUCAUACGUUUGGACACUUUGGGCACAGUCUGCCCUUAUAUAUGUCCAGUCUGCCCCUCCCCCCGCAUCCUGCUGGUACAAGGAUCGUGUGAACAUGUGGACUCUGUGGGUCCUUUGACCAUGGUUUCACUUUGGAGAACAAAGAGACUGCAACUUGGGGCUUGUUUUCAGCUGACUUAAACUGGAGCAUCCUGGUACCUGCCUGAAGGGGUUCCCGGGGGCCAAAGAGAAUUAGGCCCCUGGUGUUGUGGAUGCAAAGAUGGUCAGCCUUGUAAAGAUGUGGCCAUCUGACCCUGUGUCCUGGGGAGGCGAGGCGUGCACGCAAGCCAUCUUGGUCUUAGAGCAGAAACCCAGGAACUGUUUGGUGACUACCUUGUGCUGCUGAUUCAAUUUCAACGUCGGUUUUUUUGAAAGGCAUGGCCUGGGGACGUGGUUGUUUUCAUGUGUCUGAUGAGUCCCGCUCUGGUGUGUAGGCAGGUGUGGAGCCAACGUGGUCAACCUCCGUGGCACACCUCGGUUCUGUCAAGUAGCAGGGCUGUUCACACGGCCCUAAACGGGGCCAGAGGAGCGUGGCUGGGGGCGCUGCCGGUUGUCCGUUGGGUGAAUGCAAAAAUGAAGAGGGAAGAAGGGGAGAGGGAGCAUGUAUGUAAAUAUGAUACUUACAUACCAAGCAGUAUAAAAAUAUGAUAAAUAAUUAAAUUGAAUUAAAUAAAUGUGGGAGGCGGGAGUUGGCUAGGAUGGCUUUUCAUCCACCCUUGAUAAAAUGUUGGGGACAGCAUGUGGGUUGACCACGCCCCUCCUCCUUGGCCCCCACACGUCCACUCUCCUCCUACCUUGAUCUUUACAUUGACCAUGGCAACCCAUUGGGACCAUGUACAGCUCUCCGACUGUGGCUGGGUGCUCCUUCAUUUCUGGGUCAAGCAGGGCUGCUCAACUUUGGCCCUCCUGCAGAUGUUGGCCUACAACUCCCAUAAUCCCUAGCCAUUGACCACUGUGGCUGGGGAUCAUGGGAGUUGUCGUCCAAAAACAGCUGGGGAGGGGGCAAAGUUGAGCAAGCCUGGUUGAAAGUCACGAGAACAGCCCUAGUCUGUGGUGUAAAAGAAGGUAGAGAGUUAACUUUGCCACUCAUGAGCUGUGUAUAUAUGUGUGUGUGUGUGUGUGUGUGUGUGUUCUGUUUUGUUUUUUAACACAUGGUCUUGCCCAGUGGGCAAACAUUACCCUCCAGCUGUUGCUGAACUACAACUCCCAUCACCCCAUGUGGUUGGGAAUGAUGGGGAUUGUAGUUCAACAACAUCUGGAGGGCCAGGUAUGCCCUGCCGUGCCCUAGAAAAUAACCCAACUACUGUAUGCAUUUCCCAAGGCUCUGCCUUUGAACCACCCUUUGGCUUGAGCAAAAUCUACCCAAGACCCAUCUGAGAUCCCCGUGUGGGGCGUGUGCAUAGUUUGCCCCUCCCCUGUGCUAUGUGUGGGAGGGUCAUGAUCCGGUCGUGUUCCCAGUUACCUGUGAGCAAAUGGGGUCCAUCACCACUGCUGCCUUGGACUUGCAACACCAGAGUUUCAACGGCAGCAAGUUAUUUAAGAGGCACUUGCUUUCUGUUGUCCUGUCUUUCUUAAGCUUAUUAGCCACAUUUUUUCCCGUUUCUUGCUUGUUUUUCAUUUUCUCAGUUAGCGGUCACAUUCCAUCCACUUUGGCUCAGAUGUUUUGCUGCCUCGAGGUGGAGCAUUUGAAUAAAACCGUCUGUCUUGUUUGAAUAAGACAGACCUGCCUGUCCCCUUUCAUGACACCCAGAAUCUGGUGCUCACCUAGCUUCAUACUAAACUUCUCACCUCCAAGUGCUCACAGCAACUGACAUCAGCCUCAAGGACUGUCCUAAUUUGUCCGGAUUAAUGCGGGAGCUAAUCUGUGCAGGUAGAAAGCAGGAUACAGGUGGUGUUAUGGUUCCUUGUCCACAGGUCCUUUGUCCUGCUGCUUUCCCUUGUCAUGAUGCAAGAAAACAGGGGUUGGGGAAAACGGGGUAGGUGGGAACACCUUUUUGCUGUUGUGGGGUAUUGAUUUCCACUAAUGACCUGUUUCUGCAAGCACUUGCUUGUAAACAGGACAAAUGUGCAAAACAGAAGAUAACCCCUGAUCUGUUUCAAGCAGGUUGGGCAAGAACGGUCCUUCCCUUGAGACUGGGCAACUCUUAGGACCAGCUGUAAUACAUGCAGCAGUAGCAUUUGUCUGCAAGAGGCCUCUGUAGAAUGGGGCAUGCGUUCUUUAAAUGUGCAGUGGACGUGGGGCAGGUUGCUAUGUCCGGUCAGACCUGACCGGUGUGUGUCUUUGAGAGUUGCAUUUAAUGUAGAAAAAAUGGCAAGAGCGUUUGCUUGCUCCGACUUUCUCUUUGGUCUAAGUGAGGCACUGCAGCAAACCUCUCCCUUGGGACUCCCUCCACCCCAAAUAAACCUAGAUGGGUGGUUUUCAGACUUCCUGGAGUUCCUUAGGAGCUUCUCCAGACGUCUUCAAUGAGAAUAUCGGUUAGGCCAGACAAGCAUCCCUGGAAGACUGCUUUCCAUCCCACUCCUGAUCUUCCUGUUCAGUAUAUGCAACACCAGAGGCCUUGUGGAGGACCAACUCAGAAUACGUCUUAAAAGGGGGUGGACAAACUGAGGCUCUCCAGCUGUUGCGGGACUACAACUCCCAUCAUCCUUGCAUCACAGUUGCAGGGGUGAUGGGAGUUGUAGUCCCACAACAGCUGGAGAGUCUGGUUGGCCACUCCUGGCUUAGAAUGUGUCCCAGAAUUCCUUACAUGGUGUGUAAACUUCUGCAAAAGGCAGAAGGCUCCCUGAAGGCAGGAAGUGUGAAAACCCAGAGGACCGUCCAGAGAACAAUUUGCUAUGGGGGUGGCUAACAAAUAAAGCUUGUUUUUAGUAUUAUUAUUAAAACCACUGAUUUGUGGCCUAAGAUUGUAAGGGAUUUUCCUCCUUGGCCCUACAUGGCACAUAUGUCUUCCUCUUGCACAAAGUCACCGCAUUUUUGCACAGAGUGUGAAUCCAGUUUGUGUACCGAACAAUUACUUAGGUCCGUUGUCGGGCUGACCCCCGAAACCCUGCAGAAUAAAAGGUUGGCCAAGAAGGCGAACAGAACCUGAGGCUCACCUUUUGCUGCUCCUGGACGUGGGGCUGGCAGGUAGUGGCAAACAAACCACUAAUUAGUGAAUUGAUUAAGCCACACCCAGAAAGAACUGUUUGCUACUAUGCCCUCCAAGGUGUGAGCUCUACCUUAUUUUCCAUGUUUCAGCGUUUAUUUUUUGUUGAUUGUGUUUAUGUGUGUGUGUCUACACAAUAUGAUUUCCAUAUGCAAAGGACUGGAAGGCUACAGGUGGACCUCAGGAGGGAGCCCAGGGCUAGUCUAUGUGUCUCAGACAAGUGUGUCUGUGUGUGUGUCUGCUCUUCAAUGGUUCUUAUGUACUGCAGUCAGCUGUAGUGGUGACAUGUUUCCCAUCUCAAAAAUAAAUUGGAUUUUCAAAAUGG